CAUCACCGACAGGAGAGGAGAGACCACUGCACUGCGCUCUAAAGCCUACUGGACAUCUUUGAACAGACUUUUAGCAGACAGCAACAAUGUGGGUCUCUGCAGGAACAUAGCAGUCUGGAACCCAACAGGAUUCUGUCAGUGUCGUCAGUCAACAUUCUACUCACUAUGGGAUUCUAUGUAGUCUGAUCAACAUUCUACUCACUAUGGGAUUCUAUGUAGUCUGAUCAACAUUCUACUCACUAUGGGAUUCUAUGUAGUCUGAUCAACAUUCUACUCACUAUGGGAUUCUAUGUAGUCUGAUCAACAUUCUACUCACUAUGGGAUUCUAUGUAGUCUGAUCAACAUUCUACUCACUAUGGGAUUCUAUGUAGUCUGAUCAACAUUCUACUCACUAUGGGAUUCUAUGCAGUCUGAUCUUUAUUUUGUACUUUUUCAUAUUUUAUUCAUAAUUUUUUUUGUGUGCUCUUUUUUGUUCCAGUUUUUUUUUUAUAUAUCUGAUGUGGUAUGGCUAAUGUUUCUCUGAUGGAUCUGGGAGUUCUACUUUUAAUUGGACUAGCAGCUGUCUUUGCAAAUGGUUCUUCAGCCCCCAGUAAAGAUGUUGUCGAGAGGGAAGAGUUGGAGACCACUGAGAUGAACUUGGUCUCCAGGUCAACCACAGUGGGUGGGGCCAGCAGUGUGGGUGUGGCCAGCAGUGUGGGUGUGGCCAGCGGUUUAGGUGUGGCCAGCGCUGUAGGUGGGGCCAGCAGCAAUGGGUCCCGGAACAUCACUGAGGCGAGGCGUAGAGACAAGCGCUGCACGUGUUACAGCUACAGAGACAAGGAGUGUGUCUACUACUGUCACCUGGACAUCAUCUGGAUCAACACACCAGAGCGUACAGUGCCGUACGGUAUGUCCAGCUACAGAAGCUCCCAGCGUGUACGUCGCUCCAGUGAG